AUAAAAUUAAAUACUUACUGAAAUAUGUCGAAACAAUUCCAAGCUUGGAGAAAGGCAACAAUGGAAAUGGAUGACACUGUUUCACUCAGCAAGACUCAGAAGUUUCAUAACAGAGGAACCAUACAUUCACCUUCUCUAUCCUCCACCUCUGCAGACUCGACCGGUCGACGUCCACAAAAAUGUUUCUCAAGCAUGGGGAAGUAUGGAACUUUUCAGUUUUACCAUUUCUUGUCCAUUUUCAUUCUCACCAUUAGCUUUUCCUGCAAAGCCAAUGAAGAUAGAGAGGUUUAUAUAGUAUACAUGGGAGCAAUUAAAGAUAAGUUUUACUCACCAACGACUCAUCACCUUAGUAUUCUACAAAGUGUUGUUGAGGGAAGUUCGGUUGCGAAUUCAUUAAUUCGAAGUUACAAAAGGAGCUUCAAUGGAUUUGCAGCAAAACUGACUGAGAAAGAAAGACUUAAGCUCGCCAGUUCAAAGGAGGUAGUCUCAAUUUUUUCAAGUAAAAUUUAUCAAACUCAAACAACAAGAUCUUGGGACUUCUUGGGACUCCGCGAGACAGUGAGUCGAAAUCCGACCAUUGAGAGUGAUACUAUAAUUGGUGUUAUUGACACUGGAAUUUGGCCAGAGUCAGAGAGCUUUAGUGAUGAAGGUUUUGGUCCUCCUCCAAAGAAAUGGAAGGGGGGCUGUGCAGGCGGCCAAAAUUUCACUUGCAACAACAAGAUCAUUGGAGCUCGGUACUAUCAAUCAAUUACGUCAGAUGUGUCAGCAAGAGAUACUGAAGGUCAUGGAAGCCAUACAGCCUCAACAGCAGCCGGGAACAAUGUAAAAGACUCAAGUUUUUAUGGACUUGCCAAAGGCACUGCAAGAGGAGGGGUUCCCUCUUCAAGAAUUUCUGUCUAUAAAGUCUGCAACCCCUUAAAGUGCUAUUCAGCAGCUAUUUUGGCUGCAUUUGAUGAUGCAAUUGCUGAUGGGGUUGACAUCAUUACAAUAUCAAUAAAUCCUUAUUCCCUAGAAACAUUCGAAGAUGAUUCGAUUGCUAUUGGCGCUUUCCAUGCGAUGGAGAAAGGGAUAUUAACCUUAAAUUGUGCAGGAAAUAGUGGCCCUUCUCUUGGAACUAUGCUAAGUUCAGCACCAUGGCUUAUGACAGUAGCUGCAAGUAGCAUAGAUCGAAGAAUAAUUGACAAGGUUAUUGUUGGCAAUGGAACAUCCAACAUAUUUGGGAAUUCUAUAAAUUCUUUCAAUCUGAACAACACAAUGCUUCCUCUAGUACAUGGAAAAAAUGCUUCAAGUCAGUGUUCUGUUUCAAUGGCUGGGAGUUGUGAUGAAGGUUGCCUAGACAGUGGUUUAGUCAAGGGAAAGGUUGUGUUGUGUGAUUCACUUUUCGGGAUCAAAGAGGCCUAUAAAGCUGGUGCAACUGGUUGUAUUGCGAACAACGAUAGAGCCAGUGGUGUCUCUUUUGUUGUCCCAUUCCCUGCAUCAGCUUUGAGCCAAGCUGACUAUGCAUUGGUCUUGUCAUACUUAAAUUCCACCAAAGAUCCUCAAGCAACCAUUCUAAGAAGUGAAGCCAUAAAAGAUUCUUUAGCUCCUGUCGUUGCUUCCUUCUCUUCUCGUGGGCCAAAUUUAAUCACACCAGAUAUUCUGAAGCCAGAUAUAAUUGCCCCUGGUCUAAAUAUAUUGGCUGCAUAUUCUCCUAUUAAUUCACCCUCAAUUAGCCCUGCUGACAAAAGGCAUGUGAAUUACAAUUUCCUAUCUGGAACGUCCAUGGCUUGCCCCCACGUAGCUGGAGCAGCUGCCUAUGUUAAAACAUUUCACCCUGAUUGGUCUCCUUCAGUCAUUAAAUCUUCUCUCAUGACUACAGCUUUGUUGAUGAACAAUACUGGAAAUUCUAAUGGAGAAUUUGCUUAUGGUUCUGGCCAUGUCAACCCAAUACAAGCUUUAAAUCCUGGACUUGUGUAUGAUUCUUCAGUGGGAGACUACAUAAAAUUUCUAUGCAGCAUUGGCUAUGAUGAAGAAAAAGUUAGGCUUAUAUCUGGAGAUAAUAGCAGUUGUCUUCAAGACUCAGGCAAAGCAUCACCAAAAGAUCUCAAUUACCCUUCAAUGAUUUCUGAAGUUCCCACUGGCAAGCCAUUUAGUAUUAAGUUUCAUAGAAGAGUAAAAAAUGUUGGUCAAGCUAACUCCACCUAUAAGGCCAAAAUUGUUUCAAGAUCUCUGAUUAGUAUCAAAGUUGUGCCUGAAGCUCUUUCUUUCAAGUCACUGAAUGAGGAGAAAUCUUUUAAUGUGAUUGUUAAUGGUGGUAGUUUAUCAAAUAAUUCUAUGGUAUCUGCAUCACUAGUGUGGUCUGAUGGCUCCCAUAAUGUCAGGAGUCCAAUUGUCCUACACAACUUAAAGGGGCCUGGAGUAUGAAGACUUCAAAUUUAAAUACAGUCAUUACAAUUCAAUAUUCCUCCAUGUUAUAUUAUUUGUAUCUCCAUUUUUUAUUGCACCGAUGCUAUAAUUUUUAAUAUAAAUUGGCUAAUUGAUUCUUUUAAUCAGCA